AAGAAAUCCACUUGGCAACAGCGCGAAUCGUCGAUUUCAUCGAUUCAUUCAUAAUUCUAAACUUGGCCUGAUCUAUCCGCCAUUGCGCCCGCCAUUGCUACUUGGUUUGCAUAGUGGUUUACAUGCUUUCGGCUGCGGUUUUUAAUUCUUUUGUGGGGUAUUUUUGUGUUUGAAUAGGUGAUCAUGGUGAGACAGUGCUGUGUAUGUAAGAUUUUGGACUAUAAGGAAGAAGAACAACAUCUUUCAUUCAUAUUUCCUGUUGACCCAGUACAGAGGAAUAUAUGGUUAUCUCUCCUAGCAUUUGAAGCAAACUACAAAUUAUCUAAACAGGCUGAAGUACGUUCUAAUCAUUUUCAGCAAAGUGAUAUUGAAUGUAGCUCUUCUGGAAUCAGAAGAUUGAGGAAAGGCGCUGUCCCUUUGGCUAAACAUUCUUUGUUUAUUUUUCCAGAAAAUUUGAGGCUGAAAUUUGAUGACCUACCCAGCAUUUCUGGCUUGUCUACCAGCUUGUCAGGAACAGGAAAAAAAGCAUCAGUUUCCAAUCGUGAUCAAAGUUUUGGAUCUUCUUCAUCAGCAAUUACCGCCUCAGAAACUGAGAACCAACCAGAGCCUGAUGCUGGGUUCAAGGAUGAUUAUCUUGCAACUGCAUGUAAAAAUAGAAAAAGAAGGUAUGUGGGUGACCUAUCUUCAUCAGACUUUUCUACACCAGAGAAGGCGAAGAAGAAUUUCCGUUUGAUGAAGAAUACUAUAACUGCUCUGAGAAACAAGAGUCAUAAUCUUCACGCUAGCAAUACAUACUUUAAGAAAAAAAUCAAGACAUUAGGAGGCUUGAUGAAGCUGCUUAAAGAAAAAUCAUAUAAUAUAACCUGUUCUUGAGGCCUCUUUAUCAACCUCAGGACAAACAAAUAUUCGAGAGGAUGUUGAAAGGCCCAUCUUCACAAAAAUAUGACCCAUCUAUUAGAUGUUUUGCUUUGACGCUAUCUUUUUACUCCCCAAAAGCAUACCAGUUCGUAAGGAAUACUUUUAAUAAAUCUUUGCCUCAUCCAUCCACGAUUUCUAAAUGGUAUCAGUCAAUUGAUGGCUCUCCUGAUUUUACUUCAGAAGCACUAAAUGCUUUGAAUGUAAAAAAGUUAGCGUCAAAAAACCAGAACAUCGUGUGCACCCUGGUCUUAGAUGAAAUGUCUAUCAGGGAGCAGGUCGAAUGGACUGGGACAAAAUUCACUGGUUAUAUUAAUAUUGGACAUUACGUUGUAAUUGUGCACUGUUAUUUUGAAAUAAAGAUUAUUUAUUAUUAUUAUUAGGAAAACAUUAUGACUAUUUUGGAACACACAAUUUUUAUUAGCUUUGACAAACUACCAAGCAACUUGUGAAUUCCAUGGUAUUAAACGUUUCUCAAAAAUAUAGCAGUAGUUUUUAUAUUUUUCCAUAUUCAUUGUUUUAUUGGUUAUCGAGCUUUUUGGUACUAACGAAGGUGUUAUCAUGUUUUCC